AUGCACCAGAUUUACAGCUGCGGUGAUGAAAAUUUAGAAGUGUUCACUGUGAUUUCAUCCAAAUCAUGUAACCCCAUCAGGAGAAAAACUAAAGGUACACAAUGCAUCCUAUCCAAAAAGGUGGUGGCAGUGUCCAGCUAUCAGCCUCAGGGAACAGAUGAAUUGUUGUCACACCAAGGUGAUCUCAUUCAAGUCUUCUACAAAAACAAAGAUGGGCGAGAUUGCAGCCAUCUACAGAACAGGCAGAAAGGAUUCUUCCCUCAUCCUACCAAGUGCCCUGAGACGCACACAGAAAUAUCUAAACAACAGUCAUCCAGCUGUGGCAAUAAUCAAUCAGAUGUAAAGUCUUUGCAGCCUCAAGCAUCUCCUGGAUCUCACCACAGUGCAAACUGGAUUACAGCCACAGAGCCAGCAAUAAGGGAUGGUGUUGCAGAAGAGCAUGCAAUGCUUUCAUGGAAAAGUACUGAAGAUGACACAACCCUCACUCAUGGGACUGAAGCCUCUUUACCUUUGACGGGGAGCACUUUGCAGGGCACACCAAGCCUCCUGAGAAAAAUAUGGAUGAAGCAUAAAAAGAAAGCAGAAUAUCUGGGGGCCACCAAUGGUGCCUUUGAGGCAGACUGA